AAUUUGGUGGUCAGGAAAUCACCAUUCAAAUCUCCUCAACCUUUGCCAAACUCAAGCUUCUUCACAUUCCAUGAUUCUAGCUCCUCUGUUGAAUCAUCCCUCUGUUCACUUUUCAACCCGAGAUCUACUCCUCUAUCCCAAAACAAGUCACUGAAAAUCGAUACUCUAAUCACAAAACCAGAAAGAAGAACCGAUCGAUACUCGACAGAAAUGGCGGAUGCGAAGUUCCACAUUGUUAUGUUUCCAUGGUUCGCCGCCGGCCAUAUGACCCCAUUCCUGCAUCUAGCCAACGAGCUAGCCAAAAGGGGCCAUAGAAUCACCUACUUGCUGCCGAAAAAAGCUCAGGUUCAGCUCGGCCACCUGAACCGCCACCCGGAUCUCAUCGUCUUCCGCCUCGUGACAAUCCCUCACGUCACCGGCCUUCCGGAGGGGACGGAAACGGCGACGGAGAUACCCUUAUCGUUAAACCACCUGCUGUGCGCGGCCACUGAUCUUAUCCAAGACCAGGUGGAGGAUAUACUGAGAGGUGCAAAACCAGAGAUAGUGUUGUACGACAAUGCGUUUUGGGCUCCGGAACUGGCCAGGAAACUCGGGAUCAAAUCGGUGUGCUUCAACGUCGUUUGCGCAGCAAGCUUGGCCAUAGGUCCCGUCCCUGCAAGGAAGGUUCCAAAGGAUAGGGCUUUAACGGUGGAGGAGGUCAGCCAGCCACCACCAGGUUACCCUUCAACCAAGGUGGUGCUUCGUGGGGACGAAGCUCGAUCGUUACUCUUCCUCUCCCUGCCGUUCGGCAGCAACAACAUAACCUUCUACGACCGCAUCACCACCGCCUUAGGUCAAUGCGACGCCAUAGCCAUCCGAACUUGCAGAGAGAUCGAACGCAGCUUCUGCGAUUACAUGUCCCUCCAAUACCAAAAGCCCGUCUUCCUCACCGGCCCCGUCUUACCCGGAGAACCCAAAGACCAAAAGCUCGAUCCCUCCAUCGCCACCUGGCUCGCCGGCUUCCAACCCCGGGCCGUCGUCUUCUGCGCCUUCGGGUCCCAACUCAACCUCGAGAAGCCUCAGUUCCAAGAGAUCCUCCUAGGCUUCGAGCUCACAGGCUUACCCUUCCUGGUUUACCUGAAACCUCCGGCAGGGUGCGAGACGGUGGACGAGGCCCUACCGGAAGGGUUCGAAGAGAGAGUCGGAGGGAGGGGGAUGGUGUGCAGAGGUUGGGUUCAGCAAACGCUGAUUCUGGAGCAUCCGACGGUGGGUUGUUUUGUGAACCAUUGUGGAUUUGGGUCGAUGUGGGAAUCGUUGAUGAGUGAGAAGCAGAUAGUGUUGUGUCCUCAUUUGGGUGAUCAGAUUCUGAACACGAGGAUACUGGUGGAGGAGCUGGCGGUAGCGGUGGAAGUGGAGAAGUCGGAGAAGGCGUGGAUUUCGAAGGAGAAGCUGUGCGAGGCAGUGAAGAAAGUGAUGGAUGAAGGGAGCGAAGUGGGGAAGAGGGUGAGGAAGAAUCAUGAGGAAUGGAGGCGAGUGUUGGGCAGUUCUGGCUUUAUGGAUGCUUAUAUUGAUGGCUUUAUUCAGAAUUUGAAAGAGCUUUUGAGUAGUAAAAAAUGAUUAAUCUUUCAUUGGCUUUAAUGAGGAGAGUUAGGCCAGUGUUGAUAAAUUGGUUUUGUGGGCGUAUUAGCGGUGGCAGGAGUAACUUUUUUUCAAUCUGACUUUUAUAAAAGUCAGAUUGA